AUGUUCAUCAACGGCCACGGCUAUCUUCUUCAACGUGUUGUCGAACAGCAACUGUGCCAGCAGUUGAAUGCGCGACAGAUUGACUUCCAACAGCUGCUGGAACGCCUGGCGUCCAGCGUUCCCGUGAACACAGAUCCAGAGCUGUUGAAGGUGUCCUUCCAAGCAUUCGACCAAGACAGGAACGGCAAGAUCACACGCGACGAGAUCAGGUCGCUAUUGCGGAAUCUUGAGGACCGGCCGACGGAGCAGGACAUUGACGACAUGAUCCGAUUGCUCGACACGAACCAGGACGGCGAGAUUGACUAUGACGAGUUUGUGAAGAUGAUGACGUCGUGA